ACGUGGGGGAAUACAUAAUCGAGGAAUGUGCUGCAGAACUCAGAAGCCAUUUUGAGAUGAUGUCCCUGUUGAGAAAACCUAUGAAGAUGCUGAAAUCAACGAGCAUGGUUACAUUUCUGUCUGUUUCUCCCUCCGUCUCCUCUAUUUCACCAUGGCAGCUGUCAACCGACGGGACAUUAGCAAAGCGGGGUAUCAAGCUGUGCUCACAGAGUUAAAACGUCAUUGAUAUGAAAGAGGAGAGUGUCUGUUUACUGUCUCUGUCGAGACAUGUAACACCGUGAGUUUUUUCCAGUCUGAAAUCUUCCAGCAUCUCUCACAACCCAACGUCUCCUUGAGUGACUGAGUUAAUUCACUCUUGUACCGGAGAGAAGGGAGGCAGAUCCGUUUUCCAAUGGCUUCUGUGAGCCUUGUUUCCAGUCCCCCAGCCCCUGUUCUUGACAAAAACAUGACAGACUCUGAGCUUGCAGGGGAUGAAAGAGAGGAUGGUGAACUGGAAGAUGGAGAAAUAGAUGAUGAAGGGAUUGGAAUUGAAGAGGAAAACAAAGAGGCUACAGAAGUGACUGAAGAAAAAGAGAAGGAGAGAGAAAAGGAGAAGGAAAAAGAGAAAGCUAAAGAAAAAGAAGAAAAGGCUCACAGACACUCCAGGAAAAGAUACAAAAAGACCAGAGAGAAGAGGAGGUCCAAAAGGAGGAGACGUGACAGACAGAAACACCACUCCCCCUCCAGCAGCUCCAGCUCUGACAGUUAUGAUUCUGACUACGACCGACCAGAAAGACCCAAAAACAGGAAGAGCCAGGGAUCUAGUCGCGAGUCUGAUGGCCAGCCAUCCCAGCAUGGACGAGAUUCAAAAGGUGGCCACGGCAACUCGCAGAAGUCCCCACCGCAUAAGAGCAGCGAUUUUGACAAAUACAGCGACUACAGUGAUGACAAGUACGACUAUGAUGAGGAGGAGGAUGAUUACGACGAUGACAUGUCCGAGUAUCAACAAUCAAAAGAUUCAACAUCCCCAAGCCAGGGAAAGGGACGCCAUAUUAAAGAGCAGAUGAAGAGAGGAGGCAUGCGGGGCAUGAAACAUCAACAGUUUGGGCAGAGGGGAAGAGGCAGAGGGAGUGGACCGGGCAGAGGACGUGGGAUGCUCAACAAGAACAAAAAACUGAAGGGCAAACCCUGGGGUGGACGUGGACGAGGGCGAGGAGGAGACCAGUGCAUGGAAGACAUGGGACUGGAAGGAAAAAAUCCCUCUGGUUUUCAGAAGAAACGACCAAUAAUGAGCAAGGAGUUUAUCAAUCAGCACACAGUUGAACACAAUGGCAGAUACAUCUGCAAGUAUUUCCUGGAGGGUCGAUGCAUCAAGGGGGAGCAGUGCAAGUUUGAACAUGAGCUCGUCGUGCCAGAUAAGAAAAAGGAACUUUGUAAAUUUUACCUCCAGGGAUACUGCAGCAAAGGAGAUAAUUGCAUUUACAUGCACAAUGAAUAUCCGUGCAAGUUCUUUCAUACUGGAGCCAAAUGCUAUCAAGGAGACAACUGCAAAUUCUCCCAUGAGGCUCUGACUGAUGUGACCAAAGAGUUGCUUGAUAAGAUAAUAAACACUGAAGAGGAGAAUGCCCGUGAGGACGAACUGGAGCUGGAGGACCUCAGAAAGCAGGGUAUCGCUCCACUUCCAAAGCCUCCUCCUGGGGUGGGGUUGCUGCCCACUCCUGGUCAGAGCAGUCCUACAGAUGGAGCCUCUGGCCAAGCAGGAAAGAAGAUCCCCUCCCUGUUUGAAAUCAAAGUUCAACCUACUGUGGACUUGGCACAAAAAAUUGGUCUGAGUGGAUCCAAUUUCUCCCAGAAUCAAGGUGAAGGUGCCAGCCAGUUCACUGGUGGCUCAGAGGACACACAGAGUGGAGGUAUGGUGCCUUCAGGAUCCUCUGCCCCUCCUGUUCCUCCCCCUGGAUCACCUCCCCUACCACAGAGCCCCCCAGGACAGCACCCACCACAUGGAUUUCCAAUGCAACCACCAGUCCCCCCUGGUCAACCCCCGCCCUUCCAUGGAAACCGACCUAAUAUCAACCCUCAGAUGAAUAUGCAGAGGCCUCCAUUCCCUCCUAUACCAGAUCUACAGAUGCUGCAAAGUCUCUUCCCUUUUCCAUCGUUGGGUCAAAACCCAGUGGAGUUCUUUGGAAGCUUCCUUCGAAACCAAGCCAUAGGCCAACAAGGAGUAGACCCUAGUGUGGCGUUCAUACAGAACCUCCAGCAGCAGAUGGGUGCAGAGUCACAGUUGCAGUCUUUACCACCGGCAGUACAGAAAGCCAUCUUUUUGCACCUGACACAGGCACAGGGAAAUGAGGCUCAGAGAGCAGAGGUUCAGGAUGAUAACAGCACAAACAGAGCAGAUGAAACUACAAACUGGUACUCGAGUGAUGACGAGGAUGGGAGUUGUGUUGCCUCCAUCCUUAAAUCUUUAAAAAAGCAGAAUGAGAUGCAGCAGUCUCAGUCUAAGCCGCCCCAGGCUGCCCCAGCGGCCCCAGCGCUGGGUGACCCUCGGCUUGUGAAGGAGAGGGCCCCACCUAGUGACCCACGUGUCAAGAUGGACCCUCGACAGCGACCUCCUGAUGUGAAAAAGGAGUCUGAUGGAGCUGCAGAUCCAAGGCUCUCCAGAGACCCCAGGAAGAUGAGACCAAUUGAGCCAGGUUCCUAUCGCCAGCAGAGCCACCCUGCUCCUCAGAAGCCUCCUACAGGAGAAGAAGAUGAUGAAGGAGAGAGGGAACUCAGGGACAGAGCCGUUCUCAUCCCUCUAGAUGCCAGCCCUGGUGUGGUGCUGCGGGACCCUCGUUGUCAGUUAAAGCAGUUUAGUCACAUCCGGGUGGAUAUUCUGCUUCAGCGGCCUGCCUUUGCUCAGACAGUGGUGUGGGCUCCUGAGGACCUCAUCCCUUCCUUGGUGCCCAAACAGGAACACUCCAUCAACCUUCCCCUUCCACCCUUAAUCGCUGAUGCUCAGAUGAAUCGAACAAGUCUGCCUGACCAUCCCCCCGUCUCCAGCCCUCCACCAUCAGACCCCAGACUGUUAGCUGCACGACUGAAGGAACGCAUGACCCGAUUGCCCUCUGCAUCUCUAGAGUCUCGAUCUUCCACUGAGAGACCUGUAGACCCACGCCAGCAAAAGACUCUAGACCCCAGACUCAAGCGUACAGGAAGUCUGGACUCCAAACUGAUGGUUCAGAAAGAGCCCUCUUCUGGGGGAGGAGUUGUGGACCCGAGGCUACAGAAGGCCAGUGCCAGCUCCUCUCCUCACACUACCCGAGCCAAGGCAGAGCCUGAGAGGCUGCCACCAUAUGCUCCUCGUCUGGCAUCCUCUGGUGGAGGGCUGGAGAGUCCAACUACAAUCCUUGGAGGCAUCAGUCUAUACGAUCCUCGUACUCAAACAGAGCAGGCUCAGAAGGAGCAAGCAGAGCCUCCUAAAAAGGCGGGGAUUCUGAAACAUCCUGCUAAGAGAGACAAUACUCCGCCACCAUCACUCUCACCAACCCAUCGAAGUGGCUCUUUUGAAGAGGCCAAAAGCACAGACGUCGCCUCAGAUCAGCCUCCACCUUCCACUUCUCCCACAGUGACUCCUGCCUCACCUGUUAAACCCCCUGCAGUUCAUAACCUCCCCAUCCAGGCACUGGCUGGGCUGAUCCGACCCCAGUACACUGACCCCAGACAGGCCAAACUAGCAGGACAGGGCUCUGCAGGAGCACAAGAAGAGACAGAGUUAAAAAAGGAGCAGGAGCAGGAGGAGGAGGAGGAGGCCCUGAAGGAGGAACCGAAACAGGAGGAUCCAGAGGAGGAGGCAGACGACAGGACGCUUAAAGAUGUGUUCAAAACUUUCGAUCCCACUGCUUCCCCUUUCUGUCAGUAAACGCCCCACUAUGGAAAUAUGGAAGAGUUGCAUAAAAUUUGUAUAUUGACAAGACAUGUCUAUUAAUCCUUAUUUAGCUUUACAUGAAUAUAUUUAUUUAUGUAUAUAAAUGAUCCUGUAAAAAAAUCACAUAAUAUCUAGUGCAUCACACAUUUGACAGUAUGGAGAUGAUGCUGAAUAUGUGCACAGAUACAGCUGUAUAGUUCCUUUUGACAUAUUCAUAUUAAUGCUGAAAUGUGUGUUUUGAAAGCGUGUAUGUUAAGGUCUUUUUAUCUGUGAUUUUCAUGUACAUUCUAAACAAUCACAAAAAAAAAAAGAAAUUGUGUUAACUUGUAUAGUUUUCACUUGAGGACUGACCCAUAUGUUGUUUACUAAACUCUGGGUUCAUUCCAGGCAUUACACCCUGUAGAAUAGAUUCAUUCAUUCAUUCUACAAGCAGAGACAUAAUGCUCAGUAACUGAUCAAACUACAGUUUGAAGGACUCCUGCGAAAAUUUUGUAUUUACAUAUUUAUUUCAAGACUCUUUUAUAUUAUGAGGUAUUUACGUUUAUGCUCACUUUUAUGAUAAGGGAUUUUUUCAAGUCAGCAGAUGUUUUAUUGAACAUUACAUUUUUCUACCACACAAACACACGUACACAUUCUGAUAUGAGCUUGUGAUUUCUCAAAGUGUGACAUGAUCAGAUCAGAUAACCAUAACCGAAUCUGUGCAGGCCCUCAUUGCAUGUAACAAUGACUGACUGCUGCUCCUUUUACAGUUUUUAAAUGAAAUUCUCCACAAUUAAGCUAGCUUGCAGAUUUUUUGUGCAAUAUGAGACAGAUUCCCUGCAUAGCUGAGAAGAAAUGUUGUGUAAUUGUUCAACAUUGCAGCUGUUAAGUUUUGUACAUUGUUGGACUGUUUUUCAUUUUAAGUGGCUUAAAUGCUAUGAGGAUGUUACUGCUCUGGACUUUUCUAACUUGCUAAACUUGGAGUAAUGACAGUUAAUGGAGUAAAUUGGUUACUUAAUUUGAUUUUUCAUUUUCAUUCCUCAAAACUGCUCACAAGCUUGUAACUAGCUCUUAAAAUGUCCUUCACUUUUUUUUUCCAAAACAAAAUCAGAGUAAGAGGGCAAGAAAAAUGAAUUUCAUUGUAUUAUACAAAGAAAAUACUAUCUUGGUGAUAUAUGUGUUACAAAUAUGACUAUUUUCACUCUUGAAUUUUAUUGGAGUUGACUUUAGAUGAACUCAUAUGGGGUAAUGUGUGCUGCAAAGGGUGAAUGUUGUAGAUCUAAGGUGACAUAUCGAUUGGCAGUUUGUUUUAAGUGACAGUUGUCUGUUAAGGUGAGCUUGUUGUUUGACUGAAACUAAGCUAUUUACUUUUUUUAUCGUUUUCAUAAUUCACAUUGUAAAUGCCUAUUUUGUAUCACGUGUACAGCUUGUUUUUGAGUGUUUUAAUGAAUAAUACUUUAUUUUUUCCUGUCAGUGUGGUGGUUAUGGUUGUAAUAAUACUGUAUGACAUUUUAACUACACAUAUGCCCGUCACAUUUCAGUGAUUUUAUUAUGAAUAUCUGAAAUAAAGAGAUAAAACAUCAGUUUAA